AUGAUUGGUAGCUUAGGUCCAUUACAACAACAAUUUCAUCAUACAGCAAUGCCUAUUGACAUCAAUAUUGUAGGAAAUGGACCUAUAUAAAUAGCUGGAUCUCCAAACAAGGAAAUUUCAGGCAUAAGCUAGAAUAACAGUAGAGAUCUGGCCAGUAUGUAAUCCUCAGGAAAUGAGUCAGGUCAUUCAGCAACGUUUCAAAAGUUCUUGAAAAUCUAAUCUAAGACAACUUUACCUACUUCUCUCAAAGUGAUAUUUCAAAUUAUUUCAUUACUAGCAGUUCUAAUUGUCAUUGCUAGUGUAAUAGAUUUAAGCUUUUCUUUAGAAAAUAUUUAAAAAGCAUAUGAUAUACUUGAUGUGAACGAGUUAAGCUUAUCAAGAAUAAAUGACUUGAGAAUGCUAAGAGUAGUAAUGAGAUCUCUAGUUAAUAUUGCUAAUGACCUACAAGAAGUGAGCAGUUAAGUAAUUUCAGAUAGGUUUAAUUAUAUGCUGAGUAUAGCAGGAUAUCUUUAUCAGAGUCUUAAAAUCGAAAGUGUUAAGAUAAAUUAAAAGCAGAUUAACUUUGCUGAGAAUAAUUCGCAAGUAGGAAUCUUGACAAGCAAAAAUUAAAUAGAAUAUCAAUGGAAUAAAAUCCAAAUAAUAACAGAGAUGUAUCUAAACAAAGUUAGUGGACUUCUCGAUGAUCUUAACAAUUCGAAAUCAUUGAAUUAAUUGAAAUCUAAUAACAAUCUAAUUGCACUUUAAGAGUAGAAUAAAAUAAGACCAAAUUCUUCAAGCAUUUUGGAGCGGGAUCUAUUUUUUAUUCUUUACAAUCAAAAUCAUGAUAUUUAUGAAGGAAUUGAACGCUUUACUUCUAUAUACACAGAUGAAACAUCUAGAAGCAUUGAUGAAAAUACAGAUCAUAGCAGUAUUCUAAACAUUUCUUGCUUUAGCUUAAUUAUACUCAGUGGUAUUCUAAUCAUACCUUUGACUAUUCAAUUACUUAGGAGGAUGGAUAAAUUAGUGCACUUUUUCUACAAUCUUGAUAAAGUCACAGUAUUUCAAAGGCUUGAUAAUAUAAAGUAAUUUUAAGAUAAAAUCCUAUAGUAACUCAACAGUAAGUAAAGCAAUAGUGGUAAAAUUCAAUUAGCUAGUGUUAUGGAUAUGGAUGACAACACUACUACUAUUCAAAAUAUUGGGAUGGCUUAAGAAUUUUCAAACACUCGCUAAACAUCUGGUUACACUCACUCAAUUCAAAGCUCUAAAAGAGAACUUAAUCUAAUGAAAGGGAUUAAAAGAAGCAAACGAAACAAAUUCUCAGAGGAUUCUGACGAUAUCAAUAGAUUAUAAAAGCUAAAAUCAAGGAAGAAAAAUACUAUAGUAAAGAUGAUUAGUGAAGAAGAAAUUGAGGAGGAUGAUUCUUUCGCUGAGAGCUAGAGGCAGCCUAAGAACGAUAAGAAUAAAGAAAAAAUUAAUCAAUAGAAUCAAGAUUAAAAUAUAUCAAAUAAAUAAACAUCAUUGGCUGAGCUGAAUUUUAACAGAGGAAAUUAGAAAAAGAAAUUUUCUCAUGUCUUGACUAUAUUUAACAGAAAAACUCAGGUUGAUUUGGCUACAAUAUCACUCUUAGAGGCUUACACGUACAACAGCACAAUCAUGAUCAAUAAAUUUAAAGAUAAGUAGCUCGAAUAUAACUUAAAAAGCAUUUAGUAAAGUGAAAACUAAUAUUCUCUCGUGGUAUAAGAAAAUUCCCUUAAACAUAUUCCUGAAAUUACAGACUAUGCUUUCUAAAUCAAUAGACACUACAGUUUAACUACUAAAAUGGCUCAUAAAGAAAUUAUUAAUACUUAAAAUAAAAUCUCAAGGACAAUUCAGAAAAGAGAUGCAGAUUUCAAAUAAGAUAUUAUACUUGAUUGA